UAAUAGUCUGUGUGACAUUAUUUCAGUAUCACUCACAUACUUUGCAGUCCAUUGAGUAACACAUAACAAAAGGAGUUUUUGAAAAAGGAUAUCUCUCUCAUUUUUAGGAUCAGUUUUAUAUCUCCUUGUGUAUGUGAGACAUCAUCUUCUAGGAUAUCAGGUCAUAAAAAUGGCAGCAAGACAGUUGUAUAAACAGAUUAUCUCCCACUUCCCAGAGCAGAACAUGGCAUUUGCAUAUGGCUCAGGGGUCUUCAAACAACUGGGGCAUACAGACCCAACCAAAAACAUGCUAGAUUUCUUCUUUGUAGUGGAUGACCCAGUGGAGUGGCACCGUGCUAACAUUGCUAAAAAUCGCUCUCAUUAUUCCUUCCUGAAAUAUCUCGGCAGCCGAAGAGUUGCCAACAUACAAGAAAAACAUGGUGCUGGUGUUUAUUUUAAUUCACGUGUCAUGUGUGAGGAGAGGCUGAUUAAGUAUGGUGUAAUCAGCACAAGACGGCUGACUGCAGACCUGUUAGACUGGGACACCCUGUAUGUAGGCGGCAGGCUCCACAAACCUGUGAUGAUCCUUAAGGAGCCGAGUGGAGAGAACCUGAAGGCAGCUCUUCAUACUAACCUGGCCAGCGCAGUGCAUACGGCAUUAAUUAUCCUCCCAGAACACUUCACUGAGGAGGAGCUUUACUGCACCAUCUGUAACCUCUCCUAUUCUGGGGAUUUUCGUAUGGUCAUUGGUGAGGACAAGAACAAGGUGAGAAAUAUUGUCAAACCAAAUAUGGAAAAGUUCCGGGAGCUGUAUGAAGGAAUCCUCGACCAUGAGGAUAAUGUGAAUUGGUGUAAGUCACAAGGAAGACUGGAGCAGCUGAAAGAUCCAGCAGCAAUUUUCCAUCAUUUAAGUCUGCUGCCAAAGACACUUGAAGAGAGAUUAGUUGAUUUUUACAACAGGGAUAAGCGGACAAGAGAUGCGGAGGAAGUUUUAAGAAUAUGUGCCAAGGAUUACGAGUGUGGAGAGGUGGUGGGAAAUUGUGUGUCUAAAAUUGUGAGCUAUUCUAGUUGGAGUCAGAGUGCAAAAAGUAUAUGGACAGCUGGGAUCAUGAAAAGCUUCUGGUACAGCUUAGAAAAGUUGAAGAAAAUGAACAAAGGCAGUAAAAAAGAGAUGUAAUAAUUCUUUUCUUGGUCUUUUUUGCAUCUUGUGUAAACUGUAGCAGCUGUUUGAGUAAUGUAGAUCUACAGCACAAAAGGUCUGUUUGCUCUUAAAUUACAGGAAUAUUGGUGUAUGAUAUUAGGCAGAGUAGAAGCAAAAAAAAAUUCAAGUUACAAUUUACAUUGUCAGUUUUGUGGCCAUGAAAAGAGUGCACCCAUAGUUUUUAUGAAUUGUACAUUUAGCAACUGAAUUGAUUCUUAAAUAAUAAUAAUAAAGGCUAACUACAGCA